AUGAGCGGUAGCAGUGGCUCCUUCACUAGAAGCAGCAGCAGUAGCUCCACAAGUUCUGAUUCCCUGGCAUCUUCAGAAGUGCCCGAGCAUGUCGCUGAGGAGGAAGUCUUGGAUUUGGAGGAAGGUGCUAGCAGUGACGAUGAAGGCUGCGACCGAUUUGCGAACAUGUCGGCAGCAAAGCCAGACCUGAGCUACCGAGGCCACACAGUCCAUUUCUGGACGAUCCCGUACUCAGCCAUCGAGGGCCGUUUGACUGCAGAAAACACAUCCAAGAAGGGCAUGCUGCGGCGUUUUCGAGAAGUCUACGGCGAGGCUUUGGAAUUCUACGCUGUUUUCCGGGAACUGCAUGCUGAAUCCUCACGAAGCUGGGAGCGCAAGGCUCACUACCAUGUGGUCUUGAAGCUGAAGGGCCGUGUCCGGUGGAUUCAGAUUGCCCGCGAGCUGCGCGCCAGGGGCAUCUUCGGGCAUUUGUCCUUGCCGACCAGGUGUGCAGAUAUCUGGCGCAUUGUAGCGUAUUGCUAUGUGCCUUCUGCCAGGAAGCCCUUGCCAGAACUUGAUCCCGAUCCCUUGCUGAGCUCAAACUUCCCCAUUAUUGACAUGGAGAAGCGGCUCCGCGGGAAGCUUGCCAGAACACAAGUUCUGAGGCCAUGGGAUUUUUUCCAAGUCUUGCGAAGACACCCGAGCAUCGAGACCUACAACGACCUCAUUGUCUGGGCGCAGUCCCAGCAGAAGCACGGGGUGCCUCAAUACUUGGAGUUUAUGACCAGGCAAGGUGGCAAGAUGUCUGGGCUCUUCAAGGCAUGGAAGCAGCUCAUGGCUAAGCCUGUGAGCCAAAAGUCGCAACGGGAGGAGCGAUUGCGCUACUGGCAGGCUUCAAGGCAGGCGCCCUGUUCUUGCACAACGCCAGGCCGCUUGAGGUCUGGCCUGGAUGCCUUGAUGGUGCGCGAGAAGGAUGGUGAGAGGUUUGGCUACUUCGUCAAACGGCUUAUCCGCAUUGGGACAGCGGCCAAGAAUUGCAACAUCUUGCUUUGCGGGGCUUCCAAUGCGGGGAAGACUGCCCUCACAAGGCAGAAUUCCUGCCCGGUGGCCUGGGACACCCUGCUCUUGCUUCUGGAGGGCGAAGCUGUGGUAGCUGCUUGCAAGGGCUCGGCGUCGGUGGUCAUUUCCGAGCCGCCGCCUUUUCUCAUCACGUGCCAGGAGCGCGUUGUGCCGCUAGAUGCGAAUGGUCGCCCCAAUGUUGCCGAGAAGGAUGCCUUCCACAAUCGGUUUGCCUUGCGGUGGCAUCUGAAAUGCAGCAUUCCGUCUUCAAUGAAGGAUUCGCAAAUGAAGAUGUGCUACCGCUGCGUGCGUUGCUACUCAGACUGGGUGGAUGAGAAGCACGCUGCCUAUGCAGAGAAGGCCCCGGACAUCGAGGCAGAGACUGCAGCGCUGGAAUCGGCCAUCUGCCAAGAGGACUCAAGGGUGCCCGCUUUGCAAGAAGAAGAAGAACUUUCAGGGGCCACGACCCAGCCGUUGCUGGCCGCGCAGUCUGCUGACCCGCGUUCAUCGCAGUUGCAGCCAUCCGGUGCAGCGGUUCGGCCUCAGCCAGCGCAGCUAGACGAGUUGAAUCCCGCCGAGGAGCUUAAAGGCGAUGGCUCCGAACCUUUCCAAGAUCGACGAGUUCGCCCCCGGCUCGAGCCGGCCGUUGCUUCUUCACCGGCACCGGCGGAGGAGUUCCCGGGACCGGAAGAAGGCAACCAGCCGAGCCAGCCCUUGGUGCCUUCCCAUGUGGAGAUGCUGCCUGCUCCACGAACGCCUGAGCCGUGGACCCCACCGUACCCGCCUCCAAGGACGCCCCCCAUCGUUUCGCAAGCCGUCAAAGGCAGCGGUUGGGUGGAGGUGAGCCCUCUGCACGCCCGCCGUGAUUUGCAAUAG